GCUCAUCCCCGGACCGCGAGCAGCGCGGGCUGUGCAGCACGAGGACCGCCAGCCUGUGUAGUGAUGUGCCGUUCAUGCCGCCGAUGAUGUGUGGGCGGCGAGUGAGUGAAGUGAGAGUAUGCGCGCGAGGUGACGCCAGGCGCCGGCCGUCGCGCCCGUAGCCCGACAUGUGGACACUGCUGCCGCCGCUGCUGGCGGUGGUCGCGCUCGCCGGGGGCGCCGCCUUCACGCCCGACAGGGACCUGCUAGAGUGUGCGAGCCAGAUCCUGUACAUGGACCAGCAUGUAUACGAUAUUCCAAAAAGCUACAACAGAAACAUUCCACCCGACAAAAACACGACGGUUUACGUGGGGGUGAAUGUCAACCGGGUGUCUGGAGUUGAUGAAAAUAAAGAGUCCGCAUGGUCUCCGCAGGAGAUAACGCUGGACGUGUUCCUGCAAGUGUCGUGGGCAGACAGCCGGCUGCACGUGCCGCCCAACAUGCCCUUCAUCGACCUGCCGUGGGAGUUCCGCGCGCUCAUCUGGACGCCAGACCUGUACAUCUGGCAGCUCCAGACUAUGAGGAUCCUCUCCGUCCUCCAGGAGAUGGCGUCGCUGCGCCUCUACUCCAACCGCACCGUCUCAGUCAGUAUUGGCGCCACAAUAACAAUCAAGUGCGAGAUGGACUUCGUUCUGUAUCCUUUGGACGUGCAGAACUGCGCCAUCGACUUCAGUAGUUAUAAAUACACAACGCAGGAUGUGCGUUUCGAGUGGCGGGAGGUGGCGCCGUGGCUGGGCAUCGGCCCGGUGGGCAGCGAGCAGCGCAGCGAGUUCCGACUGCCCAAAUAUGUGGUCACCUUCGUCACGGACAAAAGUAAUCAUAUUCGCAAUUUUGGUGAAGGGGAGCAUUCUGCAGCGCGGCUGCAGAUCAAGCUAUCCCGGGAGUUGCGGAGCUACUUGCUGGAGAGCUACCUGCCGUCGUCACUGUUCGUCAUCAUCUCGUGGGGCAGCUUCUGUGUAAUCCCCGAGAUCGUACCCGGCAGGAUGGUGUUACUUGUCACCACACUGCUCUCUCUCGUCACCAUGUUCGACACUGUCAGCACAAACUCGCCAGACGCGCUUGAGCUGAAGUGCAUCGAAGUAUGGUUGAUCUCAUGCACGAUAUUCGUGUUCCUGGCGCUCAUGGAGUACUUCGUGGUGCUGUUCGGCAUCCGCUACGACAAGAGCUGGAGCCGGCGGCGCGCGGACCUGCGCCGAGCCGCCUCCGCCGCGCAACUCGCGCCACCGCCGCUACAUAUCAAUCACUCACAGAGGCUGAGCACGCCGGUGACGGGCACGCCUCAGGGCGGGAUGUUCUCGCCCACCUUGAGUGUCGAGGAUGACGGCUUCAAGCAACAGAUGGAACACCAAACCAUCCAGAGGGACUCUCCGAUACUGGAGUCGAUGCCGUCGGGGAGCGGGCCGAGCGGGUUCCUGGCGCGGCUGGGGCAGGCGGCGGACCGCGGCGUGAUGUUCUGCGGCGCGCAACACGGCGCGCUCGACAAGUUCGCGCUCAUGGUGUUCCCCAUGUGCUUCUGUCUGUUCACCGUCAUCUACUGGAGCACGUACCUCAGCGAGGCGCACCGGGCCUCGCGCCUCAAGUGAACCGAACCCACUUUGUGAUCAUAGUGCCUAUGCAGACCGACUGUUGUGUAUAUAUUAGAUGAAUUACUAGUCGAAUUAUCAAUUUUAACGUGUGACCCUAUAAUGUUAAGUUUAAUUCAAUCUAAUUAACGAACAAUGUUGAAUAGUUUUAACGCGGCGUUAUGGUGUUUCUAAGGAUUGUCUUCGUACAUACCUACAUACGUUAUUGUUUAAGUUUGUUAUGAAUUUUUAUUUCAAAUACCUAUUACAUAUUUAUUGAUCUUAUAGAACCUAAAGAUAGAGCUGUAAAUGUGCCUUUGAAAAUGCGGUUUCAAUUAAAUAAGAUUGAGGACUGUUAAGAUAGUAGGUAAAUUCUAAAAUUAAACCUUACUAUAGGAAUGCUCAGAAAUAAGAAAUAAUUUCGAGAUUUAAAAAAGAAAGCGUAAUAUUAUGAAAACAAUAAUAUCGUUAAGUACGUAAGCGGGCAGCAUGGGGACCACAGUUGAGCUCAAUAGUACAAAAACUAUGCUAAGGAAAAUGCCUUUCUGACUCGGGUGCCUUUUGCCGUGUUAGUUUAACGAAUUUUAUCGAAAAUGAUUUUCUCUAUCUACUUAAAGUCGAGGUUAAUAGCCUUGCGGGUCUAAGUACAGCUUACAUGUACAAAAUAUUUGUAAUGGAGUGUUUCUACAUUGCUUUUCUAUCACAUCUCCUUAAUAGGUAAUGGCCUGUUUCUAUAAAACUGUUUUUGUUUUAAACCAUAGCCCUAACUUUGUGAUCCAUGAUAUUUGUUUUAUUUUUCUGGAAGCCAUUUUCUGAAUAAUAUAAGAUCAUGUUCCCGAUCCCAAACUCAUUAAUGGCAUUUAGACAAAUGCCUAAAAGUAGGUACUUAAGCCUACAUUGUAAUAUAAAGUUAUCUAUGUAAGUUUAGCAAGUAAAUAUGUAUUAACUAAGGCCUGAGAUAAUACCGAUAUCAUAGAGAUUGUAGUGCUCAUUUAGAUUUAUUAACUUAUUAUAAAUAUUAGCUUGUAGGUUCAUCCUAAGAUAAUUUUAUACCUUAACAUUAUGGAGAAUGUUAAUUUUAUGCAACGUCCGACAUUUGUAAAAUUAUGCAAUACCGAAAUUGUACGAAUUUAUAACGAAUUAAUUGCUUUAAAUUGAAGUUCAGAUGUCAUGAUCAGUUCUUUUUAGAAAACCGGAGAAACAACACAUUUGAUUGAUGCUAAUCACACUUAGGUAAUUUCCUAAGUAUGACAAAAAUUACUACAAAAUCAUGUUGGUUGCACUGUGCAUCCAUGAUUAAAAAAUUAUGGAAUAAAACAGAUAUUUGAGUGACCUUAAGAUUUUUGGAAUUUAAGAUCAACUAAAGACGACAAUAAUAUCUACUUAUUUACAGAAAAAAAAUUGAAUUAAAAGAACUUUCAGAGUUAAACUAAGGUUAAAGGUAUCAUGAGCUCUGGCUAAUUUCUCCCUGAUUCGAUGAUAAAAUAACCAAAAAACUCGAACGUAAUAGUUAUUUAUUUUUAGAUGCAAAGUGUAACCAACAUUUAAUGAUCCAUUUUUAUGUUUGCUUAUUUAUUAGUUAUAAAAUAUUUUAAUUAAUAACCCGUCUAGUCAUCUGCGGUUAAGAUUUACGAUAAUAGUUUAAUUGGCUACGGCAUUAACUCAUUAUUGAUUUACAUUUGGUCAUUAACAUCAUUAUAAAGUAGCACAAAUCAGUUUUAUGCACAAAAUGCUUGAUGAAAUCAUUUUGGAUGCGAUCCCGUCAUAAGUCAUAGUUUAAGAAUUAAGCAUUGUGUGAUAAAUCAAUAAGGUGUAAGCAUUAUAUAGGUAAUAUGUUCGUCUUUUAUCCACCAGAGAGAUCACACGACAGAAGUUCAUGCCAUCAGCAGAUUAGUCUAGAAAUUGUCCAAAGUCCACCUCCCGCGCCAGGUCUGCUGGUCUUACCAGCAUCAAACAGUAAGAGCAGAUAACAGAAUUAGCUAAGAACUCUGUAGUAAACCAUAAUGAGAAGGUUGUGUUGAUCGUCGCCUGAUGGAUAAAGGGUGAAAAUAGACAUACAACCAAUUUCAUAGUAUACAUUAAGUUCUAUCAUCUACUGAAUAAAAUUUGUGCCUUUUCAUCAUUUCUUGCCUAAUUAAGACAUAGUGUUACGCUUGUGAUCAUAUCAUUCUGUUACCUAAACGAAACUGUGGAAAGGCAGUAUUAUAAACCUUGCAAAAUUUUAGGCAAUACAUAAUAAUUAAGUGAAUAAAGAAAAUAAUGAAAUAAAAGACAUUAUUUUAAAUCA